AUGGUGGGCACUGAAGAAGAAAGCAGGGAGUUUUUUAAUGUUGUGAGUUGUAAGAAAUGGGUACUUGCUAGUAAUGUUGGAGAUCACUCCACUACUAGUUUUGGGGUUAGUUCACAUACUACCCCACCAGAGAAGGUUAGGAUACUAUGUGAGACUAAUCCUAGAGUUGAGGGCCUGAGCUGCCAUGGAUUGCCUUCCAAGCAGCACAGGCUUGAUGUUGGUGGUUCCGGUUCCUUUGGAACUGUACCAUUUAAACCCCAGGAUGCAGAUUAUGCUAUUCCUCCCCUCAUUGAUGAAGUGGAGGCUUUGAUCUUGGCCAGGGUGCCUAGAUCAAAGUACCAUAACUUUUGUUCUGUAAACAAGCGCUUCUUAGCGCUUUUGAAGAGUGGUGAGCUCUACAAGAUUAGGACUGAACUUGGGAUUAAAGAGCCCUCAGUUUUUGUGUCACACUAUGGGGAGGAUACAUGGUGGGAAUUUGAUAGGCAAUUCAGGUCUUGCAGGAAGCUCCCAAUCUUACCGUCUGAUACAUGCUUCACAACCGGCGAUAGAGAGUCUCUUUGUGUAGGGACCCAUCUGAUUGUGUCUGGGAAAGAGAUGGAGGGUGUUGUUGUUUGGAGGUAUGACAUGGAAGCAAACCAGUGGUCCAAGGGUCCUUGUAUGAUCAAUCCAAGAUGUAUGUUUGCCUCUGCCUCAUGUGGUUCCUAUGGGUAUGUAGCCGGUGGAGUUGGAAUUGCAAGUGGAUGGAAAGCCAUGAAUUCUGCUGAGAGAUACAAUCCAAACACUAAAUCUUGGGAACCCCUUCCAGAUAUGAAGAGAAAGAGGAGGAAUUGCUCUGGCUGUUACUUGGCUAACAAGUUUUUUGUGAUUGGAGGGAAAGACUGGGAUGGAAAUGAUCUUAAGUGUGCUGAAGCCUUUGAUGUGGAGAAGAACACAUGGGAUCUCAUCCCAGACAUACUGGAAGCUGAUUGGGUAAAUCUAAAUAACCCAUCACCACCUCUUAUUGCAGUACUGGCCAACCAGCUCUAUUCUCUUGAAACUUCCACAAAUGAGCUCAAGGUGUAUUUGAAGAAAAGCAAGUCAUGGAAGAAGUUGGGAGUUGUCCCAGUGAGAGCUGAUGCUACUUCUGGAUGGGGCAUCGCGUUUAAGUCCCUGGGAGAUGAGCUGCUUGUCAUCCAAUCUUCAUCAAAUGAGUUCGCCGGCCCUGCCCGCAUAUGCACUUGCUGCCCCGAUCCAAAUGCUGAGGAAUUGCAAUGGCAAGUUCUUGAACAUGGCCACACCCACCCUACCCGCUUCAUCGUUAAUUGCUCCGUGAUGGCUGCUUGA